AUCUCUGUCUUUGUUUUGUCAGCCUUCUCUCUAUAUUUCUGUAUUCUUCUCAUACGCGUUCUUCACAUCUUUUAGUUUUUCACAUGAGAUUAACAUCCACACAGAACACUGGAUGUGGGAGUCGGAGGAGAUACAGACACCUGUGCAGUUGUAAGGGAUAGUGAUUAGUUGGGUAUAGUCAUAUAAAUAUAUAUAUUUAUGGUGUAUUUCUUUGUGUUUUAAUAAAGUGAAAUUGAUAAUUCAAUUUUUAUAGGAGAGUUUUGAUAUAAGAUAUAGAAAAAAAGUAAAAAAAAAAAGAAAUAGUUUAUGGAUGUCACAUUUGAUUGAUUGCAUGUUGAUUUCGUAUGAAGUGUACAGGGAGAUAGUAUCAAACCGGGAACAGGUGGAACAGGUGUUGUUUGGCCACGUUGAAUGAUAGGAACACCUGUGCACACUAGUGGGGGAACCUAGUGGUCAUCAGGCUGCCAGUCCUCACCGAAUAGCUGAUGUGAGAGGACACUCUGGAUUUAAAUUGAGGUCUUAUGUCAGUGGGAAAUAAUCAGUGAUAUAUGACUGCGUAUUAUAUUAUUAUUUUGAAUAUUUUUUAGAAUUUGAUUAGAGAUAUUUAUGAAGUUUUAUCAAAUUUUUUGGCUCAGGUUGGUGGACUUGUGUUACUAACGAGAGCCUGAGAGUGAUAAAAAAAAGCUAAUCAAAUUUUCAAGUGAUAUUUUACGAUCAAGUCUGAAAACUGAUUUGAAAUCAUGAUGGAGGAAAACCCAGCCCCUGUAACGCUAAGGUCUCGUAACGUUGCGGCAAGAUUCUUUACCAGGCCGUAUCCUGCAAUCCCGAACCAAGCAGAAAAGCACUGCAUGGUUGAUGUUGAGAUGUCAGGAGGAGACAUGGGAGUCGUCACCAAGGGAAACCGGACCUCGGGGACGAUGUACUCCUCGUUCCGUCUCAUGCGCCUCUUCUUCAAUGCCAUCUUGUUCUCCCUCGCCAUGCUCAUCAUCCUCGUUACCUUAAACAACACAUGGCCAAUGAAAAACACUGGCCACAGCACAAACAUCUUGGACCGAACUUUAGUGGCAAUGGGGGUCCAGGAGCGUGUGUAUGCAGUGAUCAUCGACGCAGGCUCAACAGGCUCCCGCGUCUUGGCCUUCACUUUCUUCAAGAGCCUCACAGGUGCAGGAUGUGAGGAGACAUUAGUGGCAAAAGGACCACUUAGCUUCAUCGCAAAUAACUCUUCCUAUGACAAAUCGUUAAAACUGGAUGACGAGCUGUGGCACGAAAUCAAGCCAGGCCUCUCCAGCUAUGCGGAUAAUCCAGAGGAGGGUGCAAAGUCUUUAUUGCCAUUGCUAGAGCUAGCAAAGGGACGCAUCCCCAAACAAAACUGGGCAUCAACUCCAAUUGUUUUGAAAGCAACUGCAGGGUUAAGACUCUUGCCGGAAGAAAAAGCAGAAGCAUUAUUACAAGAGGUAAAGAAAGUGUUGAAAGCCUCCGGUUUCCACACAACUGAGAAUUCUGUUGGAAUCAUGGAUGGCCGUGACGAAGGAAUUUUCUCUUGGUUCACAGUUAAUUACCUCAUGGAUCGGAUAACAGGAGACCCCAAAGAAACUUUAGUUGCCCUGGACCUCGGUGGUGGAUCAACACAGAUUACAUUUGUACCUGUGGAGCAGAACACAGUGCAGUCCACCCCAGAGGACUAUCUCACCACAAUCUCUCUUCUUCAUAAGAAUUUAAAUCUCUAUACACACAGUUACCUUGGUUUAGGUUUGAUGGCAGCUCGCAAAGCAGUCCUCCUACAGCACAGAGGUGAAGAUGGAGUCAUCCACUCCCCUUGCGUCAAUCCAAUCAUAGACUCCCAGUGGAGCUAUGGGGGUGAAACUUAUACUAUCAGAGGUUCUGAACACCCCAAGUAUCAAGAGAUCAGAGGUCAGGCAGGUCGUCUGAGUGAGAACCGGCCCAUAGCUGACCAUAAAUCUUGCCUUGAUGCUUGUGUUAAAGUAAUAAAGGAUCAGGUACACUCCCCACCUGAGCUGAGAACAAGAGAAGUGAUUGCCUUCAGUUACUUCUUUGAUAGAGCUACCGAGCGAGGCCUUAUUGAUCCAUUUAAGGGAGGAGUUCUAACAGUUCAAGAGUUUUUGCAAGCGGCUGUGCAAACCUGUAAUAUUCCUAAUGCUGAGCAGCCUCUGGCAUGCCUAGACUUGACAUAUAUCAGUGCAUUCCUCACCAGUGGCUAUGGCCUUAAGGGUGAAAACACAGUAAAAUUGUACAAGAAGAUUGAUGGCUAUGAAAUCAGCUGGGCCCUCGGUUUGGCUUUCCAUGUCAUAAAUAAUGGUAUAUAAGUUUUAACAUUGUGAUUUAUGUUGGUAUAAUUUGGAAACCAGUGAGCUUAGUGACAGCAGAUUUUUACUACUGAUGCGACUGAAUGUGGGAAAGCAUAAUAAGGAAGUAUCAUAAUAAGUUUUUAAUUGCUUGCAGGAUGAUCCAGUUAGUUUCUUUUUUUUCUUUUCUUUUCUAGUUUUUUUUUUCUCUCCUUUUUUUUUUUUUUUUUUGCAUAAAACUUAAAAGUGAAUGUGCAGUAUGUUUGUGUUUGUGAAUGCAUGUGUAGAUGCCUGUUUGGAUGCAUAAUUAUUUGUGCUGAUAUCUGUAAUCCACAAUAUGUUCACAUACAUGUAAUCAUUAGUAUGUUUCUGGAUAUAUUUUAUGAGAAGUAAAAAAAAAAUAAAA